CUUGGGCUUCUAGUCCCUCCUCAAACUCAAACAACACUUCCACUUCAAGUUCCAGGUACUGCUACUCAAUUUCAUCAACAAACAACAAAAGUGAGCAACAAUGUCACUAAUCCCAAGAAACACCUCAAACAACCCAACUCCAUUCACCCCAUUUUCCCCAAAUUUCUGGGAUCACUUCUUCUCGCACAAUUUCCCUUUCCAUCCCUUCACAGCAGCAUAUAACUUCCCACUCUUCUCAGCUAGCAGUCGCACUAUCCCGUACUCAGAGCUAGCUGUCGAGACCUCAGGCGACGUCAGAACUCGGCUGGAGUGCAAGGAGAUCCCUGAAGCGCACUUGAUCGUGGCAGAGUUGCCUGGGUUUGAGUCGCACCAAGUAGAAGUCGACGCCGAAGAUGAUGGUGGGAUUGUGUGUAUUAAAGCUGUUGAUGGGCGGUUCUCUUGGCGGUUGAGGUUGCCUGAGGAUGCGAAAGUUUAUUUGAUGAGUACGUCGAUGGAGAAUGGUGUGUUGACUGUUGUUGUGCCUAAAUAUGCUGUGGAGGUGGAGUGGGGAAGAGAUGGUCAAAGUGAAAGAGAAAGAGGGCGUGGUAAUGUGAGGGUGGUUGAAAUUACUGGCUCGGAUGAAUGAAACAUUAUUAUGCUACUAGUCUCUAGAAAAUGGUGUGUGUAGAAAGAGGCGAAUGAUGUGGACGGGAUUGUAUUUUCGGAUUUUGGGAUAAGAUUUUAACUAAUUAAGCUAUAUAUGAAGUCUACCUCUAGAGAAUGUUUGUGUGUUAGGCAUAAGAAUGUAUAAUUGUGUUAGUUGUGUGGUACUUGGUUUAUUCUAUGUGUAACUAUAAUCAGUUGACAUCUAUGUUCAACGUGUAUGUCGUGUAGUAAUGAAUAAUAAUAGCACUUGUUUGGUGUGA